AAUAGACCAAAAUGAAGCUCUGCAAGCUCUCAUUAGCCCUCUUCCUUCUCCUCAGCAUAGCCCUAAUAACCUUUCCCUCUCAUGCCCGAGACACCCCACAAGAUUAUCUGGAUUCUCAUAACGAGGUUAGAGCAAAAGUUGGUCUUGAACCUCUAACUUGGGACGACGAAGUAGCAGCCUACGCCCAGAACUACGCAAACCAACGUAUUAGCGACUGUGAGCUUGAGCACUCCGACGGUCCUUACGGCGAGAACAUUGCAUGGGGCAGCGGUGACCUUCUAGGCACAGAAGCUGUGAAGAUGUGGGUUGAUGAGAAGGUUUAUUAUGAUUAUAAAUCUAAUUCUUGUGCUUCAGGCCAGAUGUGUGGGCACUAUACUCAGGUGGUUUGGCGAAACUCGGCUCGUCUAGGGUGUGCGAAGGUAACUUGCGAUAAAAAUGGAGGAACCUUCAUUGGUUGCAACUAUGAUCCUCCUGGUAACUUCAUUGGAGAGCGACCUUACUAAGGGUUUAGAAAUUUACUUAUCAGUAGCACUGUAUUUUAUAUAUGAUCAUUAAAUAAUUGAUAAGAUAUAGAUUUGAUAAAAAAACUUUUUUUACUAUAAAUAAAAAAUA